AUGGAGAAGAAACUUAACCCUAACCCUAACCCUAAUUCUCAUAAGCGUCUCAGACGACAUGCAUCCAAUUUAUGGUCGGAUCUUUCUUCAGAUAUCAUGAUUUCGGUUUUCGAACGCUUAAGCUUUGCUAAUUUCAAACGAGCUAAAUCUGUCUGCUCUUCUUGGCACUCUGCUUCGAGACGAUCCGUGCUUAGAAAUAGUCAGAUCCCCUGGCUGAUUCUCUUCCCGGAAGGCAACAACAAUGCUUGCACAUUGUUCAAUCCCGAAGAAAAAGACAAACUUUACAAAACGCAAGAUCUUGGUGUUGUGUUUGCAAAGAGUGUUUGUAGGGCAACCUUUGGAAGUUGGCUCUUGAUGCAAGAUCCACGUUAUAAUCUCUACAUGGUGAAUAUUUUUACCAAAGAUAGGAUUAAUCUACCUCCUAUGGAGUCACAACUUGGGAGCAUAAAGAUAGAGCGAACCAAAGAUGAUGAGCUUCGCAUUAUAAGUAACAAGGGUUAUGGAUAUGAGUCCAAACGUUUUAACAUACCAUCCUUUGUGCUUUGGAUCGACGUGAAAACCAAAGACUUUAUUGUUUUAUGGGGACUUGGUGAGUUUUGUGUAGUUUAUUCCAAGAAAGGAGAUACCUCAUGGAGUCAAAUCCCCAAAAGUUCGGAUUGUUACCAGAUGGUUUACAAGGAUCACAAGCUUUACUCUUCAAGAUAUUAUGGUUAUAGUUUCAAAAUCUUCGAUUUUUCUGCAGAUACUCCAAGAGAAGCCUUUCACGAUGAUACUUAUCAUACACGGUAUCGUAGACUUCGUGGUGGGGCAAAAUUUGUAGUCACAGUAAGCGGAGAUGUUCUCAGGGUGGAAAGAAUGUUCUCAGAAUCUGGAAUCUUGUCCUUCAUCAUCUACAAAGUUUAUUCGUCGUUAGGUUUCCUUAAGGAUCACGAAGAGGUUGAUUCUUUGGGGGACGAGGCAAUGCUUUUGGAUCUAGGCAUCACUGUGCUCGCCAGUGACAUUGAAGGAAUCAAGCCAAACUGCAUCUAUUUCACUGGUUAUCGUGGAAGGAACACUACUGAUAUCUCUCUUUAUAAUAUUGAGACGCAGAAGAUGGAGCUACUUCGCAAAUUUGAUUGUUCUUCUGCUCAAUUCUCAAGAGCCCGAUGGUUCUUACCAAGUUUCGUAGGUACAUAG